GAUUAAUUGAUAAAGCUAUGACAGAAGCUGCACCACCCCCUCCCCCAACCUCUGCAAGCAAUGGAAUAUCUGCCGGGCCUCCCAAAGCCGCACAGAAACCAAACUACACUCUCAAAUACACCCUAACUGGACACACUAAAGCAGUUUCCUCUGUCAAGUUCUCUGUUGAUGGUAACUGGAUAGCUAGUUCCUCUGCUGAUAAAACAGUGAAGAUAUGGAGCGCGGAGGAUGCGAAGAUAGAGCGGACCAUCACCGGGCAUAAGAUGGGUAUAUCAGACGUAGCAUGGUCACACGACAGCAAACUGUUGGUCAGUGCCUCAGAUGAUAAGACUCUAAAAAUAUGGGACUUCUCAACUGGAAAGUGUUUGAAGACACUGAAAGGUCAUGGUAAUUACGUGUUCUGCUGCAACUUUAACCCUCAGUCAAAUCUCAUCGUAUCAGGAAGUUUUGACGAGAGUGUCCGUAUAUGGGAUGUUAGGAACGGCAAAUGUCUGAAAACUCUCCCCGCCCACUCGGACCCUGUAUCUGCUGUCAACUUUAACAGAGACGGAAGUCUCAUCGUAUCCAGCAGUUACGAUGGUCUUUGUCGUAUCUGGGACACAGCCAGUGGACAGUGUUUAAAAACUCUGAUAGACGAUGAUAACCCACCAGUCUCCUUCGUUAAAUUCUCACCUAACGGUAAAUACAUACUGGCAGCAACACUGGACAACACGCUGAAACUCUGGGACUACAGCAAGGGGAAGUGUCUGAAGACCUAUACGGGACACAAGAACUCGAAAUACUGUAUAUUCGCUAACUUCAGUGUCACUGGAGGUAAGUGGAUAGUGUGUGGAAGUGAGGAUAACAUGGUUUAUAUCUGGAACUUGCAGACCAAGGAGAUCGUACAGAAACUGGAGGGUCACACUGAUGUUGUUCUCUGUACAGGAUGCCAUCCAACGAAGAACAUCAUUGCAAGUGGAAGUCUUGAAAAUGACAAAACAAUAAAAAUCUGGAUAUCCGAUUAUUGAAGUGGAUGACAGUCCACAUUACCCCGCAACUUCAACAUUCCUUCCGCCGUCCAUCAACUCCGGAUGACCACGCUAUGACAUACCGAUCUAUUUGUUCGCCAACUUUUAAUAUUGACAUGUCAAAGUAACCCAGGUCAUCAGGCAAAUUUUAACUUUUACAGAGAUGCGACUGUUUUAGCUGCGUAUAAUGAUGUUGUACACCGUGUCUAUUAUUAUACAUGAACAGUGCUUUUUAUCAUAAUAAUAUCUUAUUAUUAACGUCUUCAAUGCCUUGUUAAUUGAUUUUUAAUUAGCACCGUGUUAUUUAUUUUGAAUAAUAUUUAUAACGAGUUU